AUGGAUGACCAGGGCUGCCCGCGGUGCAAGACCACCAAGUACCGCAAUCCCUCCCUGAAGCUGAUGGUCAACGUCUGCGGGCACACGCUAUGUGAGAGCUGUGUGGAACUGCUGUUUGUGAGAGGGGCUGGGAAUUGCCAGGAGUGCGAUACCCCCCUGCGGAAGAGUAACUUCAGGGUACAGCUCUUUGAAGAUCCUGCUGUCGACAAGGAAGUGGAAAUUCGGAAGAAAGUGCUGAAAAUAUACAAUAAAAGAGAGGAUGACUUUCCCAGUCUAAAUGAAUAUAAUGAUUUCCUGGAAGAAAUAGAAGAAAUUGUAUUUAACUUGACCAACAAUGUGGAUUUGGAGAACACCAAAAGGAAAAUGGAGAUGUACCAGAAGGAUAACAAAGAAGUCAUUCAGAAAAAUAAGAUAAAACUGACGCGGGAGCAGGAAGAGCUGGAGGAAGCUUUAGAGGUAGAGCGCCAGGAAAACGAACAAAGGCGACUGCUCAUACAGAAGGAAGAACAACUACAACAGAUGAUAAAAAGGAAGAAUAAGCAGGCACUCUUGGAUGAUCUGGAGAGCUCCAGUCUUCCUGCUUCACUGCUUUUAGCUCAGCAUAAGGACCGAUCUACUCAGCUAGAAAUGCAACUGGAAAAACCCAAACCUGUCAAACCAGUCACGUUUUCCACUGGCAUCAAAAUGGGUCAGCAUAUUUCACUAGCUCCAAUUCAAAAGCUAGAGGAAGCUUUGUAUGAGUAUCAGCCUCUGCAAGUAGAGACAUAUGGACCACAAGUUCCAGAGCUUGAAAUGCUGGGAAGGCUGGGGUAUCUCAACCAUGUACGAGCUGCCUCUCCGCAGGAUCUUGCUGGGGGCUACACUUCUUCUCUUGCUUGUCACCGAGCCUUACAGGAUGCUUUCAGUGGUCUUUUCUGGCACCCCAGUUAGCCAGUGUGCAUCAGCCUGUGAUCAAGGGACACUGAACAGAGUGAGAAGCAAAUCAAGCCAGCAAAGGUUGGGUAAAAUUGCUGCCAUCUGCACAACGGCUAAGCUACAGUCACUUUUCUGUGUAAAACCAGCUGUGUUUAAGUGUUAAAGGAAAGAAAAAAACCCGUCUGCACGAGAGCUUUGUAAAAUGGUAGAUACAUUUUUGUGGAGGGGGAAACUCGUUAGUCAUGUGGCACUUUGCUGAGGGAGGCUGAAGCAAUAAGCCACAUCUAAUGGAAGAUGUGAAUAACUCAGCUGUGUAUGUUUGAGGUUUAAAGAAAUACACUUGUAAAUUUUUUUAAAUAAAGCCAGACUUUUUUAUUAAA